GGAACGAAGACGGGGCGUGCGGCGGCGGCGCCGCGGUAGAGAGAGGAGGCAGGUAGAGACUCGGAAAUCGGACAUGCGUGAGAUCAUGCGAUAUAGAGCACCGCAGGAAGGCAGUCGCGCUUAAACGGCGCCCGGCGUUGGAUGUGUAGACUUGUUUCCCGGUCGAGCUCCGAUAAACCGCGUCGCAUCCUACUGGUCUAAUUAAUUUUGUAAUGGAUCAUGAACUUGGGGGGUGCAAAGUGACCGAUCACAGUGUUUGUGCAACUUCGUUGACCGACGUCUGAAUGAAAAUGCUUAUUUUUUAUCAAAUUUAAGCAUAACUGGUAGCUAAAAGGCUUUAGUUUAACCGGACUGUGAUGAAAACUAAUUAAUUUAAUAUAAAUUGGAGCAUAGACUCUAGUAGUGCUAAACUUGUAGUUUAGAUGAUGUUUAAACUCCAUAGUGAAAAAGAGCGACACUUGUUUUGAGACUUGAGCAAUUAAUGAAUGAGGCAUAGGCUUGUCGAGUGAAGCAGGAAAUAAACAAGAAAAUUCCUUCCACUCUCGGGAAAUACGUUCCCUCGUGAACUUUGUACAAAUGUAAACUAACCAGAUGUUACAAUGAUCAGUCGAGUAUUGGAAGUGUCCAUAUAAUGGAAGAUGGAAUUAGUGUGAGCAAGCGAUGAAAGAGAAAUACCAGGACACAAGUGAAGAGUUUAGUGACCAUUGAGCACCUUUCCAAGCAGAUUUUGCUAAAAAUCUGAUUAAACCGGUUUAUAUUGGACAGCCAGACUACGUCUGCCAAUGAAGAUAGUGGCAUCACUUGGACUUUGUCAGCAGAUAAUUAAUCAGUGUCUCUCUUGCAUACCCUUUCCAAUCUGGAAGAUCUGAAUCAAGUGAACAUAGACUCGCAUAAAUAAAAAUUUAGAAGAAUAAUAUAAUAUUAUUUACUGAAGAUAUUCUUUCACGGAUUUAAAUAUUAGUCCUUGGAUCAUCAAUGAAAAUUCAGAGGAUCGACGUCAUUUAUCUUUAAUCCUCGCAAAUAAAAACUCGCCGACUGAUCAUUGGCUGCCAAAGAAGUCCUCUUGGGGAUCAGAGUUACUUUAAAGGAAAUUGUCAUGUAAAUAGAUCUCUCCACUUCCCCCCAGGGAUGACAGUGAUGCAAGACUGGGGACCGUCAAUCUUUUUGUAGAAAUUGGAACGUUUACAAUUGGGCAGAAACGAUCAGCAAGGCGUGAAGGCGACAGAAAGCUCUGUCAUCCCUCUUUGCGAUCGAAACGUCGGGCGGCUCUCUGUGCCCGUGUAAACAGGUGUCACGGCGCUCUUUCAGUCUCGCCGCUCUUUAUAACGAACGCUGGCGACCAAUUUCAAGUUUAUACCAUUCGUCAGCAAAAUUGGAUGCAUUUUCAGCUCUGGCCGGAUGGAAUUCUUGUCAUUGCUGGACGACUAAUAGCUGAGAACCCGAGGGAUUCGAAGGACAAAAGGAUCUAUUUGAUGGGGAUCUUGUAAACUGCAAUCUCUGAUAAUCGACAGAGGAUCCUUUGGCAACAAUAGUUCGUGGAAUACAGAACGACGAAAUGGACACCUACGAGGAUAUCGAUUUUAAUAAACCGAACAGCCCGAAUAUACAGAAAGAGAUACUGAAGAUAAAAGCGAGACAAUGUCACCAGGGGAAUAUUUCGAUGACAGGCUGGUGCCCGGAAGUAUGGGACGAAAUAUUGUGCUGGCCGUCAACCGCACCUGGGGAUCUCGCCAUUUCGUCCUGUCCGUCUUAUAUCGCCGGCUUCGACGUGCAGGCCAAUGCAUCGAGGCAGUGCAUGUUGGACGGUCAGUGGUUUUGGAAUAAUGGCACCAGCAGCACCUGGACCAACUACAGCCAGUGUUACAGGGAUCCAUUAGUAACUCUUCUGAUGGAGCUGCCCGGUGGUCAGGAGAACAACGACACGCUCAUUAAGAAAUGCGUGCCCAUAGUGAAGACUAUAUCCAAAGUGGGGUACACUGUUUCGUUUUUCACCUUAGUGGUCGCCUUUUUCAUUUUGGCCUUGAUCAAGAAAUUAAGGUGCCCAAGGAACAUGCUCCACAUGCACCUCUUCGCCUCAUUUAUGCUGAGGGCGUUCAUGGCCCUGAUGAAGGACAUAUUGUUUGUCUCUGGGAUCGCUCUGGCAUCCGACGUAAUGAUUAAAAAUGGCAAAACGUAUUGGCUGGUGGAUGAGAAAGAGAGCAGCUGGCUGUGCAAGGCGUUCACCAGUUUCUGGCAGUACUUCAUCCUUGCCAAUUACUUCUGGAUACUGAUGGAGGGACUUUACUUGCACAAUUUGGUGUUCCUGGCACUCUUCACUGAUGUGAACUCUAGUAUAACUGGCUACGUGUGUCUUGGAUGGGGCCUGCCAGCUAUAUUUGUGUCUUGUUGGAUUGUCACAAGAAUAACUUUAGACAACAAAUACUGCUGGACCACUCAUGAGAAUUCUUAUCUUUUCCUGCUCAUUCGAGUGCCUACAAUGCUGUCUAUUUUGAUCAACUUCGUGCUGUUCGUGAACAUUGUCAGGGUCCUUCUAUUGAAGCUGAAGUCGACAGUUUCAGAGGAGACACAAAGAUACAAGAGAUGGGCGAAGAGCACUUUAGUCCUGGUACCACUUUUUGGUGUUCACUACACGGUCUUCCUGGGCAUGUCUUACAGUAUCGGCGUGAACGAGACCGUCGAAAUUGUCUGGCUCUUUUGCGACCAGUUUUUUGCAUCAUUUCAGGGUUUCUUCGUGGCUGUCUUGUACUGUUUCCUGAAUGGCGAAGUACGCACGGAACUGUCCAGGGCGAUCAGGAGUCAGAGGUUGCCCCGUUUACGCGCUAAAUGGCUGUCCAGACCGUCCACCCACUCUAGCAGCACCUGCAGCUGCAAUGCUUCAAAGCUGGGCAGAAGGUCCAAGAGGCCACCCUGGUGGAAGGAUCCAUGGCUCUGUUUCCUUCACGACAGAAAUGCUCGACGUUCUACUCACUCGAUGGCGAGUACACAAGAUAUUGGUACGCGAGGAGGUAGUCUAGCCAGCAGCAGGGGGUACCUGGAGAUCGCAGGCAACGGUCAAGCAGUGCUUCCUGGUAGUCAGAGCCAGCAACCCAGACACACCUCGCCAUUAUGCAGCAAAUACACAGAUCAAUCGUUACUCUCUUUCUGCUCCAAUGUAUCCGAAAUCACACCUUGCACGGGGAUGAACACGGAUAGGGUCAGGGAUCAGCACCGCUGGAGCGACUCAGAGUGCUGUCACCUUGCCUAUGAACUGCACAAUCUGCACCAUGGACCACCAUGAGUCCUAUUGAAUCCUUUUCACUCGGGUUCCUUUGGCAUACCGUACGAAACCAUCGUUGCACCCAAGAAUAAGUGCUGUUAUACACUUAUUUGACCACUGCAGAGAAAGUUUGAGAGGUCUUUUUGCUGACAUUGUUGCUCAAAAGUAAUCUGAACCCUGCCAUGUUUGUAGAAACAUUGUAGAAUGAGGAUUUUGAUUUGACUCUUUGCAUUCGAGAAAUAUUUGGUAUAAUAUGUCAACAGAUGCAGCAUAGAAAUACAAUGGUUCUGUCACUUAAUUUAUGCAAGGUAUUCCUUAUUUAGUUAGGGGAAAUAGCAUUGAUAUUUCAUCAGAAAAUAAUGAACAUUUGUCGAGAACAAUAUUCUCAAUUGCGAAGGGUUGAUAAUUAUUUAUUUCAAACUGUAUGAUACUUUUGUACACAUAUUAAUUUCUUCUUCUAUAUCUUUUAUAGUAAUUUUCUACAAUAGCAGUUCUUUAAAGAUUAGGUUUGUCAACGAUUGAUACAGUUUGAUACAGUUUAACCGAGCAAUAACAAACUCCUCAGUUAGCAAUUUUUCGAUUUGUAAACACUCAAAACAUAAAUACUCGGCAUAAAAGAUAACAAUCAAUCAACAUAUUUAAGGAUCGAAUCUGACAACGUUUGAUAUAGUUUGGUACAGUUUUACAGUAACGAAAUUCCCAGUAGAACGAUUCAAACCGUUGUUAGACUUUUCAACACUCAGAAUGCAAACAUUCAAAAUAAAAAGAAAUAAUCUGAUAUUUUUCUUAAAAACUCAGUCUACAGGUUCAAACAUCUACAAACAUCCACAAACUUAAUUCAAAAUUAAAUUUAAUUUAUAUUGCUCCACAUCUCCAGCUUACUACCAUAAUAAUUUGAUACCAACGAGCAACAGUGUAAAUACUUUUGCAACGAACCCCUCUCAAAUUUACCAACGUCAAUCACAAACAAACGCAAUCAAACCAUUGCUCGAAUGAAAAUUCGAGCAGAAUGGAUUAGCUAUUUAUUUUUGUACAUUGUUGCAUUUACACACCCGUGGAAUUGCAGCGGACCCCAUUAACCCGGCUCCGCUUCGACAAAAUCGGUCAACAAGCACCGUUCCCAUUAUAAUAUUCCCCAGAAUCAUUACUUCAUUUAUCGUUCUCAAUUAAUCCGGGUUAACGAGGUUCCACCGUGCAACGUUCUCUCCUUUGUAAAAAGUGAUUAAUCAACACAUUGCGUGCUGUCCUGUAUAUUACAUGCAGAUGGAUGUUUUCUAUGUGUAUACACGUGCGUGUUUAUGUGUGUAUGUAAGUAGUACACGUGAGUGCGUGUGCGUGGAUGUGGUUAUUAUCAUUAUCGUGGCGGGAAAUGACAAUUUUCCGUGUGCAAACGCUUUAAUCAAUUCGUUAUCGUUUUAUUAAAAUUCCAUGGUAACGAUCCUAUUGAUAAUUAGAAAUCGUUUCUCGAUAAAGAUCGAGUUAAUCCUUAGCAUACGUGGAUGAAAAAGUCGACUAUCUCUAUUAGGCAGAGUUUAAAUAAUUUCUUUAUUGUUAUCUUAGUUCGUUUUGCGUUGUUACUAUCGUUGUCUGUUAUUGAUCGUUACUUUUAUGUUUUAUUAAAAUCAAUGAAAACACUACCAAAAAUUAUGAGUUUAAUAAAACUCAUAUUUCUAAGAAAUAUCUUAGAAAUAUGUAUUUAUCUGUCGUUUCUACUCUAUAAAAUGAACUGUAACAACUGAUUCAUAAAAUUUAUUGAAAAUAUUAGAAAUGAAGAAAAUUAAGAAGUACAAUUAUUGAAAAUAUUGAAAAUGAGUGUGCUGAGGAUUAAAUGAAACAUAUUAAUUAUUCUAAUCCUUGUUUAGCGAAGGUUUCUGAUGUUCAAAAGCAAUUUUUCCACUUUUGUAACAUCCGCGUCGUCGAGCGCACACGGAGAUCCCCGAUCGAGCACUUCAUCGUCAAUUACCUCAUGAACAAAGAAUUUUAGAUACUUAAUCGUCCGUUUUUCAGUGUAAAAUAAAUUGUACGAUAAUAUUCUACGUUCCUUUGAUCUCGUUGUCCAUACGUCGUCUGUGUGUUUCCGCGCGAUGCUUGAUUCAAAAUCCGAUCAAAUUAUUCGUGGACGCAUGAAUUAUACAUAUCACGAUCACGGAGGUGGAUUUCGCCAAUUUGCAAUUAGUAUCAGUCUUCGGUUUGCAUUCGCAUGUGUAUGGCUAGCGUUAAUUCUAUGCCACAUGUUAUUGAUUGUUAAUGAUGCAUUCAAAGUUAUUUGAAGAAUACUCGUAGAAAUCAUUUUAAAUGCUAAACAUCAAGUGUUUUUAAUCAUUUUUUAUAAUAAUGUCAUCUUUCAAUGUAAUUAGUAUAGAUGGCUGAUAUUUAUGAGUACUUUCAAGAGACAAAUUUUAUACUAAUAGUAUACUAUAGUAUAAUACUAUAGGAUAGAAAUAGAAAAAUAAAAUUUUUCAAUAUUUGCAACUGGUGUUUUCUAUGAGAAUUCUUCAAUGAAAAUAGAAAAUUUAAUUUGUAAAAUAGAAUUACUUCCAUUGGCUUGAAUUGAAAAUUUUAACUUUCUCAGUUUCACCUCCGCGAUUCGGUUGUUUUAAUGAAAUCAAGGUUUCGUUUUAGAAAGGAAUUCUGCUCAAAGACUUUUGAUCACUGUUUAAUUGAUUUUUGAUCCUGGUCGUCGCGAACACGAGAAUUAAGUAGCACUUAAGGGAACAUUGUAUGUCCGUAAUUAUUUCACCUCGUGAGCUCUCUAUAUGUUAGAGAUGAGGCCGUUAUUAAUAUUAAUAAGAAGUCACGUGUACAAAAUGGAUAAUAAAAAAACAAUAGUUGGAAAACAAAA